UCCUGCCAGGUGUCUCAGUCUCCGUCAAACCGAAAAUCUUCAUCCGUGGAUUCACCGUCUCUGAUGGAGAAGAGCGAAAACGGAGGAGGAGGAGGAGGAGGAGGAGGAGGAGGAUACCACCGGGCGGCCAAGCGGGUCCGGACGGAGGAGAAUGCCGGCGCGGAGGAGCUGGAGGACGGGGAGGAGGAGCAGGAAUCCACCGGAGAGGAGGCAGCGGGGAGCGGAGGCUCCGACAGCAGGAGCCGGAAGAUCGGAGGGAAGGAUGGUGCGGGGGACAGCCACCGCAUCCCCCCGUCCCCGGUCGUCCACGUCCGAGGGCUCUGCGACGCCGUGGUGGAGGCUGAUCUGGUGGAGGGACUCGACAAGUUCGGCAACAUCUGCUACGUGAUGAUGAUGCCGUUUAAGCGCCAGGCUCUGGUGGAGUUUGACAGCGUGGAGAGCGCCGAGCGCUGCGUGUCGUCUGGAAGCGUCUGUAUCGCCGACCAGCAGGCCUUCUUCAACUUCUCCACCAGCCAGCGGAUCACCAGACCCACCAACGCAGACGACCCCACCAGCGGGAACAAGGUUCUGCUGCUCUCCAUCCAGAACCCGCUGUACCCCGUCACCACCGAUGUCCUGUACACCGUCUGCAACCCCGUCGGUAGCGUCCUGCGCAUCGUCAUCUUCAAACGCAACGGCAUCCAGGCCAUGGUGGAGUUUGAGUCUGUGGAGGACGCCAUGAAGGCCAAACUGGCUCUGAACGGAGCCGACAUCUACGCCGGCUGCUGCACGCUCAAGAUCGAAUACGCUCGGCCCAACAGACUGAACGUCGUCCGCAAUGACAACAGCAGCUGGGAUUACACCAAACCCUUCCUCUUGCAGCGAGAGCGGGGAAAGGGGAGGCAGCGGCAGGCCAUCCUGGGAGAGCAUCCAUCCAACGGCUACGGCCAACACUGCCCCCUGCUGCCUCUGCCUGCUAACAGCAGGUACAGGAGGAGCAGUGAGGAGGUGCAGGACAUGGUCUCCUACCCGCUGCUCCUCCCUAAGACCUCCUCCUCCUCCUCCUACUCGUCCUCCUUUAGGGGCCACGCCGCCUCCAGCUCAGUCGCCAUGGUGAGCGGCCUCCAUCCCGCCAAGAUGAACUGCAGCUGCAUCUUCAACCUCUUCUGUCUGUACGGCAACGUGGAGAAGGUGAAGUUCAUGAAGAGUGUUCCCGGCACGGCGUUGGUGGAGAUGGGAGACGAGUACGCCGUGGACCGAGCCGUGACUCACCUCAACAGCAUCAAGGUGUUCGGCCAAAAACUCAACGUCUGCGUGUCCAAGCAGCAGGCGGUGAUUCCCAGCCAGGUGUUCGAGCUGACCGACGGCAGCAGCAGCUACCAGGACUUCAGUCUGACCAGAAACAACCGCUUCAGCAGCGCGCAGAGCAGCAGGAACAUCAUCCAGCCGCCCGCCGCCGUCCUGCACUUCUACAACGCCCCGCCCACCCUCAGCCAACACCAGCUGCACAAGCUCUGUACUGAACACAACGUUCCCGCCUUCACCAAGUUCAAGGUGUUCGACGCCAAACCAGCCAGCUCCAAGACUCUGUCCGGUCUGCUGGAGUUUGACAGUAAAACUGAAGCUGUGGAGACUCUGACCGUCCUCAACCACCACCAGAUCAGAAUACCCAACAGCUCCACCCCCUUCACCCUGAAACUCUGCUUCUCCACCUCCUCCCAUCUGUGAGCCGGAAACAAGAUGGCCUCCAAGGGCCCCUCCGGUCCUGCAGGAAGAAUCAGAGAGGACGUUCUAAAAAGAGAGAAGGAGGGACAGAAGAUUUGAGUGUGUGAAGGGAUGACGUUAGUGUGUUUGCUGUUUGUCCGACUCACAGUGGAGCAGGGAGCGAUGGAGUCAUGGACUGAACGAAGAGGACUGAGCCUUUUUCCUGAACGACGUCAGCAGCCUGAGAGGAAACCUUCCGACUCCAUCCUCCACAAAACACCCUGAAGAUAAAGAUAUGUAACUCUGUAGGGAAGGAUCGGGAUGUUGAACAAAACUCAGGGAGGAUUCAGUAAAAAGUGUAAACCAAUCAGAAAUCAGCCAUUAAAAUAGAGAGACUGUUACCACAAGAUAUUUGAACAAUCAACAUGUUUUUAUUUUUAUUAAUAUGGGAUUUCCUUUUUUGAAUUUAAAGUAAGUUAGUGUGACUUCAUUUAACUUGCAGAUACAUCAGUUUAUGUUGUGACGAUGUAAUUAGCUCCAAAGUUAGAUUGACUCAUCUGAACCUCCGUUUUCUUGUAAUCGCAAAGACAUUCGUUCAGUUCAGCGUGUCUUCCAAAUGUUUUAAAUGUUUGUGUCUCCUCUGUAACUGAACUUGUUUCUGAAUUACUUUUUGUUUUUAGAAUAGUUUGAUUCUCGGUUGAUGAGCUGACUGAUACCAUCGUAGUUUGUGGUGAACUCUGCAGUUUUCAUUCUAGAUGUGUGAACAGACUUCAAAGCACAAGAUUAUUCAUGGUCAGUGUUCAACCCGCGUUUACACGAGAAAUCCACUUUGAGGAUAAAACCCUUUUUAGUUUUAGUUGUUUGUGACUUUUUAAGUAACAACGCUUUUUGUUCAACCCGUUCUCACCAUCCCAAGAUCAAGAUACCCUAAAGGUAGGUCUGGGAUAUUUAACAGAAAGGUCUGAGUAAGGAGGUGGUUGCGUAGGACGGUGGGCCGACUUUCAACCAAGCGUUCAUUCGGUGUGAAACAAGAAGUUAACAUUGAAUGUUUUUAUUUGAAGUUACGUAAGUUGACAUCCAUAAUGUAGUUAUUUUAACCCAAACCAUGAUCAUGAGCGGAACUCGCUCUAGACUUAAAAAAGGAGAUUAAUGGCGGGAAUUCCUGGAGCUGGACCGCAAUUACCAAGAUCUUUAUGAUGUCUUAUUAAAAUCACAACCUGCCCGAGUGUCGCUAUGUUUGCUUUGUUUACAAAUUCGAAGGUUGUCAAGGACUAUGAUCCGGUGUCAGCGAGGGGUGAGCCGGUCCUGAUCUGCCCCCUGGUGGAUUCACGUUUAAUCCUCCUAGUACGCGCAAAGUACUCGAAGCAUGUGAACAAUUCUGUUUGCAACAAUCUCGUUUGCAACGCUGACGGGGGUUCGAAUCCACUGCGAGACACCAAUGUGUCCCUGAGCAAGAAGACGCUUAACCCCUCGUUGCUCCAGAGGCGUGUGACCUUUGACAUGUAUAGCCAUUGUAAGUCGCUUUGGAUAAAAGUGUCAGCUAAAUGAAUAAAUGUAAAGUUAUCGACGUUUAGGGCUCUGCAGUCAAGUUUGCAACGGUUAGCAACAAUAAAUAUGCAAUAAUAACGUCCGGUUAGACUUUCAAAAUAAACCUUUAACGCUGCUAAACAUCGCCAUCUUGAAACGGCACGUUGUGAAAAUUGUGAAAUGUUGCAAUUUGGUUUGGGCAAUAAAAGUACCUGGUUAGGUAAGAUAAUGGUUUGCGUUAAAAUAACAACGUACGUCAGUUAAAAUGUAAGUGUAUUACAUGUUACUCUGUCCUUUCUGUUAAAUAUAUCUUUACCGCUACAGGGCUUCCCCCACUGCUUUGAACUAUGACGGUAAGGGGCUCCCUAGCGCGUUAUGAACUGAUGUCGGCGGGUCUUGACCAUGCAUGUGACAAGUUGAGAGUGAGAAGGGGUCGACCACUGCAAAAUAGCGAUGUUUCGUGACAUUAAGUACUUUCUUUUUAAAGUCUAACAGGAUGUUGCAUAUUUAUCCUUGCUAACUUGACUGCAGAGCCCUAAACGUUGGAAAAGAAUGCUAAAGAGUACACAGGGCGUUCAAAAGCGACGCCCAGGGGUCUGACCAAGCGUCCGUGUGUGAGGGGUCGGCAGUGAGAACGUGCUGGGUUCUUUUUGUACUCACUCAGUUACAGUUUUUCUCAUUCGCUUUGGUGCAUUUCUUGAGUCAUGCGGUGGGUUAGACUGUAACUGGCUUAAAAUCCUCUCAAAAGUACAUCUUUGUGUCAGUGUUCGUGUCAGUGCAUCAGAAUGAUGAGUCCUCGUGUGAUUGGUUACAAACAAGUGACCCAAAGUGUUUACUGUGUUGUCAGUAUCACAGUGUACUCUGUAAGUGUUUUCUGAUUUAUCCUUGAAGUUUGGAUGACAAGGCUGCACUUUAUUCUGCAUACAUUAAUUUCAACAGUACAAAGGUACACAUUGCAAGAGAUUGGACAGGAUUCACAGUUAAUGUUUUAAAAUGUACGAAACGUGAUGUUUCAGAUAAUCAUUUGCAUUAAUGUGCUAAAACAUUUGCAAGUGUGUGACGAGGUCAUGAUGUGGAGACUGAACAAGUACUUUCACUUCUGAUCUGAGAAAUGAACCAAAGCGACUGAGAAAAGCUGUGAUUUGAUUCUCAUGUGGUUCCUGAAAUUGAUUAUAGCCUGCAGUAUCUGUGACUGAAGAACAUUGAAUCCUUGUAGCACCAUGA